AUGAUUUUUAAUUUUAUAUUUUACUUCUUUUCUUCGAUUGCACUUGUCCAAGGAAGUCGGAAUGCAAUUUGCGAAUUCUUUUAUUCUUCUCCUACCGUUUUUCUUCGAGAAGGGCCAUUCAAAGAUUUCAUUUGCAAUUAUUUCUGCGCGGAUAUUGAAUGCCUUUCACCUCCAAACGAAAAUUGUCAAAUAGUUGAUGUUCCUGGAAAGUGUUGCCCCGCUUAUAAUUGUAGGUGCGAAUUCAAUGGGCAAACAUUUGAAGACGGCGAAGAUAUUCCUGAUGAUAAUUUUUGUCAACAGUGCACAUGUUCAAACGGAGAGAAACUUUGUGAAACAAUAGAAUGCGUAGGACCUCCAAGCGAUAACUGUGAACCAGUUGAAGUUGAUGGGCUAUGCUGUCCCGAUUACCAUUGCAACAUACAUUGUGGAUUUAUUGGAGAAAGAUAUAGAAAUGGUCAGCUUCUGCCAAACAGCUGUGAAGGAAUUUUGGUUGAAGAAGGACAAUGUUGCGUUCGUGGGAUGACAAAUCAAGAUGAAGCAAGAAUUCCUGAAAACAUAGCUACAAAUAUUCUUAUUGCUGUGAUGGGGUAUAUUUUACUGAAUGGGCUGAUUGCGAUCGUUUUGGCUUCCAAUCUUUAUGCCGACGCAUCAGAAUUCCUUUCCAGUGAUGUCCCGAGAUAG